AGAGAAGAUAAACAUCAUAUCUUCAAGGCAAUUGUCCUGCAGUUACCAAAAUGAUAAACCACUUCGUGCUUCUCGCAGCCUACAUUAUAACCUUCUUAAUCGGCCUACCAGCCAAUAUCCUGGCCAUUUAUGCCUUCAUCAGGAAGCUUAGCAAAAAACCCACGCCCACAGAUGUCCUCCUGCUGAACCUGACUCUCUCCGAUCUGCUCUUCUUGCUUUUCCUACCAUUGAAGAUGUAUGAGGCGGCAUCAGGCCUGCAAUGGCACCUUUCCCAGGUCCUGUGCUCUAUCAUGUCAUUUGUCUUUUUCAGCACCAUCUACACCAGCUCUCUGUUGCUGAUGGCUAUCAGUAUUGACCGCUACUUGGGAGUGGUCUUCCCACUGACCUACAUGAAGUUUCGCAAGCUUCUCUAUGCCAUUGUUGGCAGUAUUUUCAUCUGGCUGAUCAGUGGUGCACACUGCACAAUUGUGUUUUUCGUCGUCCAUAUGGGCAUCCAUAAUAACACUGAACCAAUGAACACCUGCUACGAGAACUUCACUGAUGACCAGAAAAGAGUUGUACUUCCAGUGCGCCUGGAGUUUUUUGUGGUUCUUUGUUUACUGCCCCUGUUUGUAUGUGUGUUCUGCUAUCUUAACUGCAUCUGGAUCCUUUACCAUAGGCCCCGCAUAACAAAAGAGAAGAAGCAAAGGGCCAUUGGAAUGGCACUGGGCACCUUGAGUGUCUUCUUGAUUUGCUUUGUGCCCUACAACAUGUCACAUGUGGUGGGCUUCAGCACCAAUGACAGCCCAUCCUGGAGGUACUACACAUUGCUCCUAAGCACCUUCAACACUUGCCUGGACCCCAUCAUCUUCUACUUCUCCUCAACUGUGUAUCGCAACACCACCAAAGUGUCCCUCUGGAGAGUUUUCUCAAUCAGGCGCCGUCUAGGCUUGAACACCCCUCCCAAUUUGAGUGCUGCGGGAGAUUCGAACUCUGAAAAAGAAUUUGACAGACACAAUAGUGACAACAGACAAUAG